UAUAUGUUUCGUAGGCGCCAAUUACACUAAAAGCCAAGGCUCAAAAACCAGCAACAAUGCGAUACUCAACCUUUUCUAUUAUUAUUUUUGCAUUAGUUUCACUGUUGUUAGCUAGCUAACGUAGAGCUGUUUGGUCAUUGCAUUGUAUUUAUGUUUAUGCUCAACACACGUUGAAAUCAGUCGAUGUAAAAACACACGACCUUCUGCUCAAAUUGUUUCCUCCAACUGUAGAUCAGCGAUUGUUUUGUCACGUUGCCAAUCAACUGUUAGCGUUACAAGGAAACCACAAAAACUUUUUUUCUCGAAGUGCUAAUGGAGGCUAGCUAACGUUAACUUAUCUAGUUAACGCUUGCCAAUUAGUUUUUUGUUCUGGAAAAUAUCUAGGUUAACUGACAUGAGCUGGAUUUCUUUGCAGUGACACACAAUUUUUGCCAGAAAAAAAGUCUCAUCAACUUUAAUGUAGCUAGUUAAGUUGCAUGUGUUUAUGGGAAUAUGAGUCUUAAGCUUAUGUUCAGCUUUAUGUUCAGUUAGUGUUCAGCGUUAAUGACUGUUCGUAAAUGUUUUUUUCUUAAUUGUCACAGUUACAUCCACACAAUGUCCAUAUUGACCAGUCUGGAUCCUCUGAAUGAUAUUUUUAAUUGAUUUAUACAACAGUUUUAUAACAGAGCAUCAGGCACUUUGCAAUAAUAGCUAGUGUGUGUCUAUUUUCCUCUUGUUUUCUAUGCACCCACAAGAUGAUGUGCUGUAUACUCUUGUAGGAUGCCUUUCCAUUUCUGCCCCCAGUGUGGGACAAAGUUGCAGCCUGAUUUCAGAUUUUGUCCAUCGUGUGGGGAGAAGCUUCCCUGUGCUUUCGAUGAAUCUGUACCUGUGAGCUCAACGGCGUCUUUAAGUCUUUCUCCACCUAGAAGAGAUGAAAUAGCAACGUCAGUAACUAAAUCAAGCCUCACUUCAAGCACGAGUUACGAGCCCACAGGAAGUACAGUUACAACUCGUCCUGCUCUGAAAAGGACCCGUAACUCCCUUCGUCUGGACAGGGAAGUUGAAUUCAGCAUUAAAGAUGCCACUCUACCCCUGGUGCCCUCCGCUAGUCCUGUCAGAGAUGACAGGAUUAAAGAUAACAGCGCUGUAUUGGCUGGAACUCCACCCAAGCAGCACACAGUCACUUUUAAACUCGACACAGGGAAAGUGCCCACUCUUAAGUCUUCUCCUGUCCAAAAAUCCCCUCGUACUGUGAGGGGAAAGACAAAACUCUACAGCCCAGCUAAGCAGGCAGAGGAGGGGAAGAGGCUGACUGAUAAAUCAAGUGGGAAAGCAGAGGAAUCUAUAGUAGAUGGCCCCCAUGUGGUCCUCUCUUCCCCUGCUUCCUCACCAAACUCCAAGUCACCUUCAAAAGGAAAAAGCAAAGCCAAGAAGUCAAAGCAUACGCCCGCAGUGGAGCCACUACAGGAAGGUGAAGAGGUGACGGACACAACAGGCAAGAAGUGGAAGCUGGUGAAACUGCUCAGUCAGAGCUCAACAGAGCUCAUCUACGAAGUUUUGCAAACAGUUUUGCGAUCCAGUGCCAAGGAAUCAAAUCACAUCCUCAAACUGGGAGCUAAAGAUGGAAGACUCUUCAAUGAGCAGAACUUUCUGCAGAGAGCUGCUAAACCUGCAUCUGUGGAAAAGUGGAUCAAACAAAACAAGAUGGAUUUUCUGGGGAUUCCUUCCUGUGUUGGCUUUGGUCUUCAUGCAGAGUCCUACAGGUUUCUGAUUUUCCCCAACAUGGGCCAGUCUCUCCAGUCAAUCAUGGAGGAAGAAGAUGAGCUUCUGUCUGAGAAAACUGUCCUGCAGCUUGCGUGCAGAGUAUUAGAUGUGCUUCAAUAUAUCCAUUUUAAUGAGUAUGUUCACGCUGAUAUUAAUGCAGAAAACAUUUACAUCAAACCAGGAGAGAAAUCACAGGUAUACCUUGUAGGACACUGCCAUGCCUUCAGGUACUGUCCUGGAGGGCAGCAUGUAGAGUACCGCGAGGCCAGCAGAACAGCACAUGACGGCACCCUGGAGUUCAUCAGCCUGGACGCACAUAAGGGAGCAGCUCCGUCUCGACGCAGUGACCUGCAGUCUCUGGGUUACUGCAUGCUGCGUUGGCACACGGGGACGCUGCCGUGGACCCCCCUCACUCACCCGGACCAGGUAGCCACGCAGAAACAGAGAUACACGAAGGACGUUCCUGCACUGUUGAGUCACUGCUUUGAGAAGAGGAGAGUUUCCAGUGCAUUUCAAAAGUACCUGACUGAAGUGAUGACUCUGCAGUACUCUGAGCAGCCGGACUACUCAGCGCUGAAGGCUGGACUCAGUGCGGCUUUACUGCAGCUGGGGGGGUCACCGGAGCAGCCGCUCAGUUUUUAGGUGAGGACAUGUCAUUCUGCAGCACAGACACAAGUAUGUACACAUGUACAUGUAUAUUCUUGUUAUGUAUCAAAGGGCUCAGACACUCCCAAUAUUCGUCCAUAGGAGAAUCAGCUCCACAGUGCUGGGCGGUGGCACGUGGUGUUCUCUUUUGGCUUUUUAUUUCUUUUAUUUUUUGGGGAAAAACACACCAUUAAGAAAUGUUACCUUAAACUUCACACUGGCUGAUGCACCGUCUGCUGCAGCUCCACUCUUAAUUAAAUGCUAAUUUUGGAGUUAGAAACAUAUUUUAUUCAUUACGCACAUAAUUCAGUUAAAAGUAACAGGAAUUUGUAAAAUGGGGGAGAGAGGGUUUAUUAUGUUGAAAGUUAAGCAUCUUGUGCAUUUUAUAUUAAUAUAAUAGCAUAAUACAUUUCUAUUGUAUCUACUGUGUUUUAUUUCAGAGAAAUUGAGUCAAAAAGGAGUUUGCUUUAAUCCUGCUGUGUUUUAUCUGUGAUGUUUUAUUGCACUGAAAAUGUUACAGCGAGCGGUGUAGAGUUCAAUGUGUUCAAAUGACGCUCGUGUUCUGUUAUUGGGGUUUGAUGUGGAUUGUUAUUUUAAGCAUUUGUAUUUCUAUUGUGGUCUCAUUGAUUGCACAGUGUUUUUGGUCUUACAGGGGCAACAUUUCAUUGACAUCCUGUAUGUAAGUGUAGGUCAUUUUACUGAAUAAAAGGCAAUAAUUCUUAUUUUAAA